GGAUGAUUUGCGUUUACCUAUCACCACAGUCUCCUCCUCCACCGUUUUGGCCCGGGCGCUUUCGACUUGGCGUACCUCCAGACCGCACGCACACAUAUACAGAUCCUUACUUACAACUCUCGCGCCCAAGAGAAGACCUGCUAACCGUCGAAUCAUUCUAAUUGCUUUAAGGAUUCUUUCCCUUUGUGAACCGGCAAAUUAAGUGUGUCGUUUAUUGUCAUUCCGAUUGUGGUUAAUGGAAAAUCAAGAGCAAUUGACGUCCACCGCGAUCGACAGCGAUUGCAUGCGGUGCAAUUCGGGCGGAAGGGUCGUUUCGGACCUUGACACUGGCGCCGUCCUCAAAUACGAAGUGCGCCAUAAUGAACAGCUAGGCCGGUAUCUCGUCGCCGCUCAGGAUAUCAAAGCGGGCGACCUGGUCUUCAGGGCUGAACCACUUGUGUCAGGCCUGCAGCCGGGCUGUGCACCACUUUGCCUUGGCUGCUACGGACCAUUGCCACCGGUCGACGACCCUGAAGACUUGAGGUGUCCAACCUGUGGUUGGCUUCUCUGCUCUGAGGAGUGCAUUUUUUCUCUGCGCCACCAGCCGGAAUGUGAGGCCACAGCAAGGUCUGGCGUGCCUGUCAACAUAUAUGACCCCACGGCGCACGACCCUUUGUACGAUUGUGUGAUUCUAAUCCGCUGUUUAAUGCUGAAGACAAAAGACCCAGAGAAGUGGAAUGCACUUGAAAGCAUGGAGGCGCUUGAAAGCACGAGAAGACCUAAAUUGCAGAAGCGAAAGGCCAAAGCACUCUGCGCUCUACUGACGGCGCGCUUUGGCCUGCCGGCGUCUGAGAAAGAAAUGCUAAGACUUUUGGCCGUGCUAGAAGUCAAUGCGUAUGAGGUCCGGAUGCCGACAAACAACGUGCAGGCUGUGUACCCGGUUGCAAGUCUGCCUGAACACAACUGCAUUCCCAACACUUUUAGGACGUUUGAAAAAGAUCUUAGCCUUUGCGUUAGGGCGACCCGAGACAUUCCGAAAGGAGACCACAUCACUGUUACGUACACCGACAGCCUUUGGCCAACGCCUGAGAGAAGGUCGCACCUUUUUUACAGCAAGCAUUUCUUGUGCGUGUGCGAAAGAUGCACAGACCCCACGGAAAUGGGCUCUUUCCUAUCUGCACUUCGUUGCAAACAAAAAGACGGAAAUGGAGACAAUGCUUUUUGUCAAGGGGCUGUUCUGCCUGAAAAUCCAUUGACACCGCCAGCUAAAAAUGAGGAAGAAUAUAAACAGGAGAUUUGGCAUUGCAGGAGGUGCGACUAUAAAGUUACAGGUUUAAUUGCACGUGAGAUAACGAGGAGAGCCAUAGAUGCAGUCCACGAGUUGGACGACUCAGACGAGAGUGGACCGCAGGAAUACGAAAAUCUUCUGAUUGAACUCCAAAAGCACCUUUACUCUUCCCAUUCAACAAUUGUAGAUGUAAAGCACACUUUGCUUCACCUAUACAGUCCCCAAUAUUGUACUAAAAGAAAACUGAAGCGCAAGGAGACAUUGUGUAGGGAAAUUAUCAGAGUAGCCGAUAAACUAUUCUCAGGAAUUUCAUCUUUGAAAGGAACGGUAUAUUAUGAAUUAGGUAUGACAAUCCUUGAAACGAUCAAGAGAGACGAUGAAACAGACCCAUCAAAAGAAAGCAAAUUAAAGGAGGCAUCUGAUUCGUUUGAAAUGUCCUUAAACCACUUGCAAUUCAUCCCCGACUGCCAACCCGAGUGGUGCGUUGCUGAGCAAGCUCAUCACAAAAUUCACGAGCUCCAAAAUAAAUUACAAUUGAAAGAAAGAAAAUAGUUUUUACCUGUAUUUGGAGAGAAGGUGCGAAUAGUUCCCGCCAACUGCUAUGACGUCUCUUUGUCUACGAUGGUGAGAAGUCGGGUUCUCGCAGCAGAGUUGGCAAAUGAAUCCACUGUAGCGAUUCGGAUCAAGCACCAGUCCAGGUGAGACAAUCAUAGGACACUGGAAAGUUUUUGAUGUUAUAGGAUUUUUAAUGUUUUAUUUUUUGACUGAAUUUGUAUACCUUUACGCCCAAAAGUUCGGCAGCACUGAUGACCGAUUCCAAAUAUUUUAAGCCUUCCUUAGCCAGAUUAGCAGUAGUACCACGACCUUUAGCAAGUGCUUUCAAAUUGUGCAUUUGACUAAGUGGCGCUUCUGCCUUGAGCACCGUAGUUAAGUUUUCCAUGGAAUGAUGUGAUAAAUUUUGCAAUUUUGCGUUUGGUUUGUUAGAAUCCUACGAAAAAAAUAUAUGAUUAAAUAUUUUUGUCUCUA